GGGGGGGGGCGGGGAUUGGAGCUGGGAGGGACCCUCCGGAGCAUUUCCAGGCUUGGUUCGGCCCCUCCCCGGGGUGCCGGUGGCAUGAAAAAGCAGCCGGGCUCGGGCCAGCGAGGCGAGCAGCGCUGGUGCUUUGCAGCAAAGCAGGUUGCACACGUUGCUGAGGUUUCGGGAGGAGAGAGGAGAAAAACUCAUCCGACAUGGCAUCUGAGGGGGAUAAACUUUGGGGAGGAAGAUUUGUAGGAGGCACUGAUCCCAUCAUGGAGGCUCUCAACUCUUCCAUGGCUUAUGACCAGCGGUUGUCGGAAGUUGACAUCCGAGGGAGCAUGGCUUAUGCCAAGGCUUUGGAGAAGUCUGGGAUUCUAACCAAGGGCGAUUUGGAGAAGAUUCUGAGUGGAUUAGAAAAGAUUUCUGAAGAAUGGUCCAGGGGAGCCUUUGUGGUGAACAAAAGUGAUGAGGAUAUCCACACUGCCAACGAACGCAGACUAAAGGAGCUGAUUGGGGAUGUAGCUGGGAAGUUGCACACCGGACGAAGCCGGAAUGAUCAAGUUGUGACUGACUUGAGACUCUAUAUGCGAAAUUCCUGCUCUGUCCUGUCUGCUCACCUGUUGCAGUUUAUCAAGACUCUGGUGGAACGGGCUGCUGCAGAAACUGAUGUGAUCUUUCCUGGCUAUACUCAUCUGCAAAGAGCUCAGCCAAUCCGGUGGAGCCACUUUUUACUCAGUCAUGCAGUUGCAUUCACCCGCGAUUCUGAGCGUCUGGGAGAAGUGAGGAGAAGGAUCAAUGUUUUGCCGUUGGGAAGCGGUGCUGUAGCUGGCAACCCACUGGGUAUCGAUCGAGAGUUUCUGCGUAAAGAACUUGAUUUUGCUUCCAUCAGCUUGAACAGCAUGGAUGCAACUAGUGAGCGAGACUUCGUGGUGGAGUUUCUCUUCUUUGCCUCCUUGUUAAUGAUUCACCUAAGCAAGAUGGCUGAGGAUCUCAUCAUCUAUAGUACAAAGGAAUUUGGCUUUGUGACUCUGUCUGAUGCCUACAGCACAGGGAGUAGCUUGAUGCCUCAGAAGAAAAAUCCAGACAGUCUGGAGCUGAUCCGCAGCAAGGCUGGACGUGUGUUUGGAAGGUGUUCUGGAAUGAUGAUGAUUCUCAAAGGACUCCCAAGCACCUACAACAAGGACUUGCAGGAAGACAAGGAAGCCGUGUUCGAUGUUAUCGAUACUCUGAGUUCUGUGCUACAGGUGGCAACUGGAGUCAUUUCCACUCUCCAGAUCCAUAAGGAGAACAUGGAGAAAGCGUUGAGCCCUGACAUGCUGGCUACAGACUUGGCCCUCUACUUGGUUCGUAAAGGAAUGCCAUUCAGACAAGCCCAUGCUGCGUCCGGGAAGGCUGUCCACCUAGCUGAGACAAAGGGCAUCGCCAUUAAUCAGCUCACUAUGGAGGACAUGAAGAGCAUUAGCCCCCUCUUUGGAACCGACGUGUCUCAAGUGUGGGACUAUGCCAACAGCGUGGAGCAGUACACCACGCCGGGGGGCACGUCCAAGAGCAGCGUGAUGGUGCAGAUCGAGCAGCUGAGGGAGCUUCUGAGGAGACAGAAAGAUCUGUUUUGAGGGCGGGGAAACCGUCCCAUUCACAUGAGUUUCUGCUUAUCGCACGACUCCUGAGUUAAUAAACCUGGGGGUGUAUUGUCUUUCAGUGAAACCUUG